GCGCCCCGCAACGGGUGCCGAAGGUUGGAUGCGGGUCUGUCCGGCCGCGUUCCCGAAGCUCACGUCAUGCUGUGGCUGCGCCUGCGCUGAGCGUGGCCCCUCCCUGCAGCGGGGCGGAACCGAGUUGCUCAGGGCGCGGUGUCCGCGGGGGGCUGGUUUUGAAAGGACCGCGCCUCCCGGAAGUGUUGGGGGCGGGGCCCGAUGCAGGAGGCGGCGGCGCGGAGCCUGCGGCGGGGCUUGGAGAGGCUGCGACCCCUCGCGAAGAACAGGACGCUGCGAUACGGGGUCCCCAUGAUGCUCCUGAUUAUUGGUGGCUCCUUUGGUCUCCGUGAGUUCACUCAAAUCCGUUAUGAUGCUCAAAAACUCCACAGCAAGAUGGAUCCAGCUUUGGAAGAAAGAAUCAGAAAGAAUAAGAUAUCAUUGGAAUCUGAAUAUGAGAAACUGAAAAGCUCUGACUUUGAUGACUGGAAGAACAUCAGAGGGCCUCGUCCAUGGGAGGAUUCCAAGUCUCUUCAAGAGCAGCAGCAGCAAGUUCUUCAUUCCAAGCCAUCUUGACUAUGUGCGCUCACUCCGGUGUCUUUGUAGAAUCACUGCUAUGCCAGUGACUGGGCUUUCUUGCUUUCUAAUCCUGUGUCCAGGGAGAGACAUGGGUGGGGGAAAAACCAAGCUGACAGGUGGUUUACUUAAGAUCAGUCUGAGAUGAAAUGUUAAAUAAAGAUCUUUGUUCAACUGCAGCCAUUUGCAUGGAAGCCCAUAGACUGUGUAUAUUAAUUCUUAAUAAAGAUCAGCCCAUUCUUU